UUUAGUUAGAUUUAAACAAAUUCUUAGCUGGGAACUAGACAUUUAGUAAUAAACUGAUUACAGCAAAAUACAGACGUUUUCGGAAUUCUAAAUAGAAAAUAUAUAGUAUUUAACAAAAGUAAAACAGUACAAAGUACCAACAAAUAUGGGACGAUACUUAGUAUAUGAUUGCGAUGUGGGUAACGACGAUGCAUGGGGUCUGAUGAUGCUCAUCAAAGCAGAGGAGACAUAUAAAAGGCGUCAAGAGCUAAAGGAUUCACCAAAGAAGUUUGAAAUUAUCGGCGUUACAUGUGUACAGGGCAACACCACGGUCGACCAUGCCGUGGUAAACACGCUUAGAGUGCUGGACGUAGUCAAUAGAAAUGAUAUACCAGUUUACAAAGGUUGCAGUAAUUUGCUUAAACCAAGGCCCUGGGAAAAUCCCAAGUAUUUCGUGGGAAAGGAUGGUUUUGGUGAUCUUGACCAUGAGAAGCCGGUUGAUCUGAGUUUAGUGCGACCAGAGCACGCAAUCAAUGCGAUGUAUGAGUUCGUUUGCAAGUAUCCUAAACAGGUGGACUUUUUGUUAGUGGGGCCGCUAACUAAUUUUGCCAUGUGCAUAAGUAUGUAUGGCUCAAAACUCUUGGAUAAGGUUGGUGAAAUCUACAUUAUGGGCGGCAAUUAUAGAGGCAAAGGCAACACUACUAAAAGCGCCGAGUUUAAUUUUAUGAUGGAUCCGGAAGCUGCGCAAAUAGUUUUCGAGAACAUUGAAACGGCCGUUAAUAUAUUGCCUUGGGAAACGUGUGACGAUCAGGCUUUUCGCAUUACACUUGAUUGGCGCUUGAAUACUCUUGGCGCUGUAGAGAGUCCAUUCGUCCAGCUAUUGAAUCGCGUGGAGCGCGCCUUGUUGGUGCCGAGAGGUGUGAAACGUUGGCUAGUUUGCGAUGCGCUGGCCGUCGCCGUUUAUCUAUUCCCUCACUUAGUGGUGUUGGAGCAUCAGCUUCAUCAUGCUGCUGUUGAGUUAGCUGGCAUUCACACACGUGGCCAAAUGGUUAUCGAUCACUUGCGUCGAGAGAAGGCGAAUGCAAACAUUAUCACGAAAAUCAAUAUCGAUCAUUAUCAGAAGAUCAUUGCAUGGACUGGAGGCCUGCGAGGUGUACAUAUGGAAUGUGAAUUGGGAAAGAAGCAAUGACAUUUUUUUUCAAAAUUAUUUAAUCGCUUUGUGUGUAGUAGUAUCCAAAAUAAUUUCAAUUCAGCGGGAGCUUUUGUUAAAUUUGUAGCAUUGCCAACAAUACAAUUCGCCUAGUCUACUUUUAGGCGCGAUUUUAAACACAAGAGUAAUCGGUGAUCUUUCACAAAAUUGUAACAAUUAAAAUUUUUUAGCUACAUACACUACUAUUAUUUAAAAUAACCCCAAAAAAAAUUACAAAAGUACAGUUAAAAAUGUUGAAAGUGUAAGUACAGGGAUAAGCUAAAAUAUAUGCUGGAUCUUUUGAUAUUAUUGGAAUCGAGGAGGAAACGUAGUGGAAAUGAAGCAUGCUCUUUCCGGCGACAGUCGAGUCUACGUAACCGGUACAGUUCAAUGUUUAUGUAAGCGACUGUCACAAUUUUUCGAAAUUACUUAGAUAAUUUUUGCUGCCCCUACGACAACAAUAAACAUGAUUUAUGUAUAUAUUUAUCACUUAAUUCCUUAACCUCUAAGGAAUAUAUGAGUUCAUGAAAAUCAAUAAAAAUGCAUAAGCAUACGGCAAAUUUAAACCAAA